AGGGCGUGUUUUGUGUGAUUUUUCUUUUUUUAACUGGUUAACUGACGUAAAUCUAUCCAGUGACAUGGGAGUACAUUUGAGAUUAACCAAUCACUGCACAAAGUAGGCUGGCCUUGCGCUGUCUGAGGGAAAGAGGCGUCCUUAGCAACAGCAGUUUGAAUUGGCGCUCAGUCCGGAAGGAAGGCGGGCCGUCGCUGAGAGUGUCGAUUUAAUUGUGCGGCGGGUUUUUUUGGCGACUUCACUUAUUACAUAAACUCGGCUAAUUUUGACUGGUUGUCUGUGUGUUUGAACGUUACGGCCUGGAAUAGAAUGUUGGUGAAUAUAAUAUACUUGUUUGUCGUUUUUAAUUAACGAGAUUUUCCUCACUUGUGUUCGUUCAGUUUACAGCCACAAACAUUGGCGAGAUACUGUGUUCUGAGCAAAGCGUUCUGAUUUACGGCGACUAAUGGCUACGUGUAAGAAUAAAUAACAUCUGUGUUUAUUUUAUUUGAAGAUGGUCACGUAUCAAUUCGGUAAUCGGAAAGAAUUUUUAUAAGUUUAGUCAUUUUUUUCAAGAAAUAAUUGGAUUUAAACUCUCACCCGAAUGCCAAUCCUUCGACUUUCCAGUUUGCAGCUGAUCGUAGAAUCGGAAUAGAAACCGCAUAUACCACAGUGCCUAUAAGUUAUGGCGGCUUAGAUUUAUUUUGUGCUACGUUAACUAAUACGAUGCAAGCGCCACGCGCAUCGGGUGCGCGGAUCAGAGUGGUGAAGCAUAAGUUCACCCAGAAUCAACCCACCAUCCCUGUCACCAGACCCCAGACCUUGUACAAGGACGUGAAGCACGUUUUAGCAGGGAGGUGCCAGGUGGGUCCACCAGAGGGGACAAAGGUCGAGUAUGAAGCCGAAUGCCAAGAACAUGCCGGGGUCACUGCGAUGCACACGGAGGAGCGCUUAAAGGGUAGGCGGGAGGAGAUGGCCGAACACCUCUGUCAUUUCCAGGAAGAGGUCCGCCGAAGAGUGGCCAGGCAAUAUAGGAUACGUAAAAAACUUCAUCUGAAGAUGUUCACUGAAACGGCUGAAUCUGAAGGGCGGGUAGUCCAGCAGCUGUGCAAUGCCAGCCAGCGCCUGUCCCCUCAGAAGACUGCGCAGAGGCACCACAUGCAGAGUGAGUUGGCCAUCUGUGGCCCCAGUGCCCGAUUUGUCAGCACAAGGAGUCUGAUUGGCAGUGACAAUGAAGCAGACAGGACCACAGAUUCUGAUCACACCAAACAAUUGAGUAAAGUCCUGAAGCAGGCUAGACAUCGACUUGCUUCCUGUCAGACUCUCCCUAUGGAAAAUUCUGCAUCAGAGCUCCCAGGAGGUGUUUGGAGGGUCUCGCCAACACGAGAUAAAUCUCCUGGUCCUUUGCUGCCCCCUACUGGUGGUGGUGGUGAUGAUGAAGAUGAUGAUGAUGUAGAGGACUACACUGAAGAGAUGCCUUUGGCUUCACAGCAUGACCUCCCCCUCUACAUGCAGGGUCUGAUUGGUUCUCCAAAGCAGACUGGCAGGACAGUCAACUUUCAGGAUGUGCUGGUGUGCGACCGUUCACAGCAGGAGCCUCUCCCAGCUGGUCCCAGUCUUAUGGAAUCCAUUAGCACAUUGCCACCAUGGGCUGAUGUGAACCAAGAGGAUAUCCGGAAACAGCGACAGGCUCAGUUCCUGAUGUAUCGGCGACUCUUUAUGGACAUUGAGAGAGAGCAGGUUAAGGAGCAGCGACGCCAUCGGGACCAUCUUCAGAGGAUCAGCAGCAUCAAACAAGAGAAGGAGCGCCAGAGGCGAGAUGAAGAGAGGAGGAUGCAGCAGCCUAAGCACUUUGAAGAAGAAUAUGAAGACCCUGGCAAGACAGAGAGGGAGGUCCUGGCACGUCUGCAAAUGGAGGAGCGAGAGGCAAGGGAGCGCAAGGAAAAGCAGAAAAAGGCCCAGAAGAGGGAGUCAUUUAGGUUCAUUGAAGCCCUACGAGCGAUGAUGAAAGAGAAGAUUGAACAUCACAACUUUGACCUUCCUCCACUCUGCUGCUGUGGGGAGAGCUUUUGGGAUUCACACCCUGACACCUGUGCCAACAACUGUGUGUUUUAUAAGAACCCAAAAGCCUACGCUAAAGCCCUGCAGGCUGUACUGUCCUCCUGUGACCUGUGGGAAGGAGGCCUUGGUCACAGAACCUGUGUGCAGAAAAUCGCUUCUGCUUCCGCACGCUCACCAAAGAAGUGAAUUCCCAGCAUGAAGAGAAGGAGUCUCACCAGCACACUGUUCUCAGCUGCUCAUGGAAAUUUGUCUAACCUCAAUGAGGGGCUUAGGCUGACAUCCCAGUAGAGCAGCCAGAGUGGGACCACAAUGAAGGGUGGCCCCUGUUGUUGAAGUAUACAAUUGGGACAGUACAACAUAUCAUUAAAGACUAUUUCACAUAUUGCUGUAGAGGAGGCCCCAGCCUAAUUUCCACAUCUUAAGACAUUUCCUUGUGCUGUAGCGCUUGUUUAGGCCUACACCUUCAUGUCCUGCAGCCCCUCCCAGGUGCCCCCACUCGCGUGCUCAGACAGGCUGCUUAUCCUUCCCCUGCUGUAGUUUUGUGAAGGAGCUUCUGGUUUCCCCUUUGUUGUAUUUUCAUGUCUCCUCUUGUUUUGAUUUUUUUCAUGUUUUGUAUUUUUUAAACUCCCAUUCCUCUUCACUCAUAUUUAGAAUAACUGUCUCCUCUUUCAUCUUUAACUUUACAUAUCAUGUACUGAAUUUUUCAUAAUAAUAGAAAAGUUUACAUAAUGUACACAUUCAA